ACUCCUCCAAGUAUCCACUAUCUUCACUCUUUCUUUUGUCAAUAUAAUCUCUUCUCCUCUGCAACUAAAACAUAAAUAUAGAGCAUUUCUACUUCAUACAUCUCAACUUUGCAAGAGUACAGUGGUGAACUUGAACGAUUCAAUGGCAGCAGCAAAGUUUCGAGCAUUCGUGAACAGUCCAAUGGGACCUAAAACAACUCACUUUUGGGGUCCUGUUUCAAACAUCGGUUUGCUUGCUUCUGCAGUGGCUGAUAUACAGAAGACCCCAGACAUGAUAUCUGGGAACAUGACCGUUGCAUUGUUUGGGUAUUCCUGUUCGUUCAUGAGAUUCGCGUGGAUGGUACGACCACGCAACUAUAUGCUCUUAGCAUGUCAUACCUGUAAUGCACCAAUACAGUUUUAUCAGCUCUCUCGUUGGGCUAAACAUCACGGGUACUUAGAGCUCAAAAAGGAAGAAAAAGAAGAAGAUCAAGUUGCAUUGAAAACCUUGAAAGUUGUAUAACAUGUUUUUUUUUUUUUGUUUCCUUUUCUUUGAGGUCAGGCCCAGCCCCCCUCUUUUCUGUUUUCUCUUCAAAUUCUCCCGGUGAGUUUCGCCGGAUAUUUAAUAAAUUCUCCCGGUGAGUUCUGCCGUAAUAAGAAAGAAAGCAUAAUAUGAUGAACUAACUGGUAAUGUGUAAACAUCGUGUC